AGACUUCGUGAGGAAAGACUGAAAGUUGGAUUAUAAAAGGAAGGCUCUGGAAGAGUUCACACCUUCUCUCUAAUUCUUCUCUCACAGGGUUUGUUUUUCUUUUCACUCAGGAUGAAGCUGUAUGGAGUUCUGGUCCUGUUGGUGACUCUGUCUGUUGCAUAUGGAUUGCAAUGCUACGUAUGUGGAGGCGUCAAAGCAAGUGCCUGCACACAGAAACAAACUUGCCCUACUGGCUUUGACCGCUGUACCAGUGUUGAGAGUAACGGUCUUGUUGCCAGGACCUGCGCUGUCGCUAGUUCAUGCAAUGAACCCCUCAAAUGCUGUGACACAGACUUGUGUAACGGUGCCAUACCCACUGGUUCCAGUGUCCUCCUCCUGCUGGUGUCCUCAGCCAUCGCCUCAGUCUUUCUCUGAAGCUCUGGAGAUCAUCUGAUGUUGUUCUUACCCAAACUGUACAACUCAGAAAAAAUGUACACAUUCUCAAAAUGUAAAAGUUGUGAAUGUUUCCAGAAUUGUUCAAUAAAACCACAGUAUGAUGGA